AUGAGAAUCAAAGUAGCCUCGGACACCAGCGGGAUGAAUCUCCCGAGGUUCAGCCACUACUACAACGUCAUCGAGUGCGAUGCCCCAACCUGCGCACCUGAGGGUGAAACCACCUACGCCAACACGGGACCUUCGGUCCAGGCGCCUGGUGGAGAAGUACCUCAAAGGGAAGCUCCUGCCGAGGAGUAUGUGACGUCUGGUUGGAAGAGGAUAUUGGACGCUCUGGGGAACUUGUACCAGGUCGCUGAGGACGAGAACAUUUGUUUGUACUGCGGGGCAGUGGACUAUGAGAUGUACACAUGCCCUGAUCCCAGGGAGAGCGAAAUCAAGAAGGCCCUGAAGGACCUCCGCAUGACCGAAGAAAAAGGAGAAAGCGCGGGUGCUCCCAUGGAUGGUGGUGAGGGAGAGACUGAGGCCAAGGGAGACGCCGGAGCAGAUGGCCCAGAGUCCGAUGACGAUGAGGACAGUGCUGAUCUCUACGAGAAUCAAAUCGCCCAAGUGGUGCGCGAAGCCAUCAUGAAGGGAGGUGGAGAUAAGUGGUCGACCUUAGAUUUCUACAGCGCCUACCCGGAGACGAAUUCCAGGAAGACAAGGACCUAUCGGCAGAUUGAUUACCCGAUCUUGGGAAGAUUCCGCAUCAUCCCCACCAAUGGAUGCGAAUUCCACCACAUCAGGAAUGGGUACGGUGGAGUGGCAUACGGUCGCGACUACGUCCCUGAACUGACGCCCCACGAGAAGGCAGCGAGUUGGAACCUCAAUGUUGGAAUGAGGCAUCACGUGGGGAAGAGUAGCAGGAACCAAGGAUAUGGUUUGAAAUGCGACGAUGCGGGAUGGGUGGACCUUGAUGAAGUCUUGAAGUACUCAUUUUUUUGGGCCCAUCCAAACAUCCAAGAGCCGGUCCUGCUCUGGACACGGAACAAUGGCGAAGGGGCCAUGGACCUCAACGAAGCCAGCAGAAGGAUGAGGUCGUUGUUCAAGAUCAUGCAUCACAGUGUGGUGGACGGGAAGUCCGUGCCCAGAUGUUGGCAUUUGUGGCAACACAAGAGAGUGGUAACGAUGAUGCCGUCGUGCUUCCAUGAGACGUCCAGAGAGAAAUGGGAAUCUUCGAAAGGGGCCCGGUGCGCGGAGGAGGAUCUGGAAGGCUGGUCACCUAUUUCAACGCGUUUGCACCUUGGGAUGAGCGAUCCUGGAAAUUGGCGAAAGGGUACCAGAAACAAAGGUGAAAAGGCCGUGUUUUAUUUGCCAUCUGAAACCCUGAUGGACCAAUUUGAACGCCGAAUCACAGACUCCGGCCAACCAGUGACCGAUCAGGUGAUCCCCUUUGGAAGUUUGAGGGGGGCCUGGGUGCAAGACAGCGCCAAGAAGUGGCACCGCCUUAUUGUGCCUUCUGGCCUAGAGCAACUUGUGAAGUCCAUCCACAGACCUUGGAGAUACGCCGGACGAGACCAAGCCUUGAGGGAGGCCUCAUCGCGAGAACAAAGGUUUAGUGCAUAUUUUCAUUCUGACCCAGCGGUGUCCGAAGCGGAUCUGCACGCGCUUUCUGGGGCCUUGGCCUUCGGGGGUACGGAGACCCUGGGCGCUGGUGCGUUCCGGGGGAUCAGCAGAUCAGCUUCGGAGGCAACACUUGGCGCGACGGGGUUACCGGAGAAGGCGCGCAAGGUCGCUGCGGCCGCAAACACAGGUCGCGAAGGGCUCGCGCGAGCAGCAAGUGGCGCGGGCGCCACGCACGAGUUGCCUCCCGCGUGCGGUCCCCAAGAGAACACGGACGACACAUUCCACUACACGGCGAAUCCGCGUGCAGCACAACACACCAGCGGGACGCCCGUGCGCAAACAAGAGCUGGACGAGCGAGGAAAAGAAAGAAGCAUAGGAAGCGUCGCAGCGCCAACAGCGUCGCAGCGUCGCUCCCGCGUCGCAGCGUCGCAGCGCCUACAGUGUCGCAGCGUGGAUCCCGCGUGGCAGCGUCGCAGCGCCAACAGCGUCGCAGCGUCGCAGCGCCAACAGCGUCGCAGCGUCACUCCCGCAGCGUCGCAGCGCCAACAGCGUCGCAGCGCCAACAGCGUCGCAGCGUCACUGGCCCAACGGCAGCGUCGCAGCGUCACAGCGUCGCCGGCCCCUGGCAGCGUCGCAGCGUCGCAGCGUCGCAGCGCCACCCGCCUUCAGAGCGUCGAAGCGUCGCAGCGUCGCAGCGCCACCCGCCUCUCCGGGAGCGUCACAGCGCAACGUCGGAAACCCAAGUUUUGGCCCCCUUUGCCCCUGCACUGGGAUUCCAAGGCCGCGGAGAUCAGUGAGAUCAUUCUGGGCGGCGAGGUGAAAGCCGAUGAUGAAAGCGAAGCUUCUGAAAAUGCGGCGGAGGAGGCGAUCAGAAAGAGGGAGGAGGACAGACAGGAAGAGCUGCGGCUUGCAAUGGAACAGUUCCCUCUAUGGGCACGACCUCUGAAGAUCGGUUGCAAGCAAGUUCUGGAGCUCGGACUGAUCAAUGUCGCACCAGAUACGAACACGGCCGAAUCGACAUACAAUCAAGACACCGGUGGCGUGUUGAACCCACCAACUGAAGCAUACGGGAGAGAGACCUUGUCCCUGCCUGCAUUGGGCGUGAUCUUGGUUCAACGUGAACGCCAGCGCAAUAUCGAGAUGUCCAUGGAGGCAACGCACUGUGGAGUUACGCUCACCAAGGAAAUGCAGGAACGCAUGGAAUAUGCGUGGGCACUGGCCAAGACCAAGGAAGAGAAGGGGCAGAAAGGGCUCAUCGACAU